GAGAAAAAGGGAACAUGUUAUGUAUUUAUUUGUAUAAACUGAUCUGCACAUGAGGAGAGAGGCGGAAGGAGCGAGUGAGUGAGAGGGAGAGGAAAUAGUCCCAGACACAGAGGAGGAAGCGGAGGAGCAGCAGUUUCCCCCGGCAAGAUGCAUCGUACGACGCGGAUCAAGAUGACGGAGCUGAACCCACACUUGAUGUGCGCUCUCUGCGGAGGAUACUUCAUUGAUGCCGCAACCAUUGUGGAGUGUCUGCAUUCCUUCUGUAAGACCUGUAUCCUGCGAUACCUGGAAGCACACAAAUUCUGCCCCAUGUGUGACUCGCAGGUCCAUAAAGGACGUCCCCUCCUCAGUAUCAGGUCAGACAAGACACUGCAGGACAUUGUGUAUAAACUCGUCCCAGGACUCUUCAGAGAUGAGAUGAAGAGGAGACGGGACUUCUAUGCUUCUUACUCACGUUCAAAGGACAACUCAAGCUCCGAGCAAGGGCAGAAGGUGUCAGAGUCCGGAGAGGCUCCAGUUCAACAAGAGGAGAAUAUCAGUCUGUCCAUCCAGUUUUCUGAGGAUGCCAGGGACGAGUUACAAGACCCGGUGGAAAGUGAAGAUUUAGAAAAGAGGAACAGUCUGCGAUUCCUGCGCUGCCCGGCUGCCAUGACCGUUACGCAUCUCGCCAAAUUCUUACAGAACAAGAUGGACGUUCCCAGCAAAUACAAGGUUGAAAUUCUGUACGAGGAGGAGCCACUGAAGGACUAUUACACACUUAUGGACAUAGCGUAUAUCUACCCUUGGGGACGGACAGGUCCUCUUCCGCUCAAGUAUCGGGUCCAGCCUACGUGCAAGAGGUUGAGGUUUAGUUGCCCACGAAGCCUCCUGGAUCUUAAUCGUGGGAUGACAUCCGAGGGGGAUUCCACCAGCGACAAAGCCAGCAGCCCCGCUCCUGUUCCUUCAACGUCAUCUUCUCUCCCCAGCCCUGCGACCCCAUGCCAAGGCUCCCCGAACCCCAACACUGAGCUCCCCCCAUCCUCUGCCCUCCAAAACGGCCAUUCUGCCAGCCGAGGCCGCAAGGUGGCUCUCAAUGGAGUCCCUGGGCCUCCUCUCAUCUGAAGAGCUUGUGCCUCUGCAGGUUUUUAAAUAUGUAUAUAUAUGUACAUAGACAGAAGGACUUGGUUAUUUUCUAUGGACAAAACAAGAGUAAUUUAAUCCUGCCCAUUACAGAAUUCCUGUUUUUUUUUUGUUUUAUAAUUUAUAAAUAAAAGGGGUGCAGAGGCAAGAAACCUUUCCUGCUUGCCGAUCUCCCCUUCCCAUGG